GGCAGCGCACGCCGCUCAGAGCGGCGGCGGCGUCGGUGGUGUCUCCGGCUCCUCCUGGGCUCGGUUGUGCGUGGUGUCGGCGGCGGGCAUGGAGCUGGGGUGGCUGCUGUGGGGGGCGGCGGUGCUGCUGCUGCUGCACGUCCUCAUGGGGCUCAGCCCCGCCGUCAACUUCGCCCUGCGCAUCGGCUUCUACUCCCUGCUCUGCCUCCUCGCCUCGGCGCUGACGGUGCCCGUCUGCCUCCUCGUCAACGGCGGCCGCACCGUCAAGAACAUGAGAAUCAUCAAAACUGUUGUCAAGACCUUCAAGUAUUUCUUCGGCCUGAGGUUUGAGGUGAAGGGACUGGAGAACUUCAAGGUGGAGGGCCCUGCUAUCAUUGUGUCCAACCACCAGAGCAUCCUUGACAUGAUGGGGCUGAUGGAGAUCCUGCCUGACGACUGUGUCCAGGUGGGCAAGAAGGAGCUGAUGUAUGCUGGCACUGUGGGACUCAUCAUCUACCUCGGUGGUGUCAUCUUCAUCAACAGGAAGAGCACCAGCAGUGCCAAGAUAGUGAUGGCAGAGGUGGCCAAGAGCAUGGCAACUGACAAUGUGAAGGUGUGGGUGUACCCGGAGGGCACAAGGAACUGCACAGGGGAUUUGCUGCCAUUCAAGAAAGGAGCAUUUCACCUCGCUGUCCAGGCACAGGUCCCAGUGAUCCCCGUGGUAUAUUCCUCCUUCACCAGCUUCUAUAACCCAAAGGAGAACCUAUUUACAUCAGGCAAAAUUAAGGUGGAGAUUCUGCCUCCAAUAGAGACCAAAGGCCUGACAUCAGAUGAUGUCUCUGACCUCACUGACAGAUGCUUCCACAUCAUGAGGGAGACCCUCUUCAGGCUGUCGGGCAGUCCCAGUGAGGCAAAGAAAUCAUCCUAGGUGCUUCUCCAGUGGCAUCACCAUGUGGUGGUGACUGAAGGGACCUGUCUGUUGCCAAAUACUGAAGGAACUUCUCUUCCUCUGCAGUGACUUCUAACUCUGGGAACACCACAGACUGGCGCAAACACAGGGUGUCAAGACAAUGCUGAGGUUCCCUGUUGACUAGAUUUCUUUUAUCGGUUCAUUAUCUCACAAUGAAACAUCUCCUUUUUCUGAAUUUCUCAGGCAUCAAACUUUGGUACCAAAGGGCUCAAUGACCAGAGAGGUGAGUUCCCCCAGCUCAGGCAGCUGGCGUGGGGCCACAAUAAAAACCUGGCUGGAGGCUGCGCUCUGCCUCACGUGAGUGUCCCCGCACCCGUGCUCCUCCAGGCUCAGCUAAUCCUGUGCUGUCCCAGAUGGAAACCACCAGGCAGCAGUUUGUACCUGCACAACCUUGAUGCUGCUCAAACAGGGCUGAGAAUUGGGUGAAAAUCCAGAAAUCUAGCUCUUCAGCAGUGCUGGGAGUGCGAUGUCCUCCCUGGGCAGCCUUGGAGCACUGCCAUCCAGCACAGUGGAGCUCACGGGUGGUCUCUGGGGCGGAGCCUGUCUCGAGGGACACCCUUGGGUUGCAGCAGCGUCUUGUGCUGGGGCUUUGUGUUGCCCAGGCACUCCUGCGCCAAGUCUUUCACUUCUGAAGAAAGAACCUAGGGCCAACAACCUCGGCUGGGCUGCAGAGGUGAACGUGUGGGGCCAGUCAGCCUUAGAGUGUCUCUUCAGGCUUGGUUGCCUUAUCUGAACAAGUGCCCUUGCUCGCUGAGGGGUGCAGCAGUGGGAGGGAAGCUGCAGUCUGACCAACCCGGUAUAUAUGGUCCAGGCAGCGUUUAGCUGAAUGCUGUCCAGCCUCGCCAGUUCAGUCAUCUUCCGAAUGAAACCCCACACUUGUUUCUACCAUUCAGAGCAACCAGCUUGAUUAUUUUUAUUUUGUUUUUAAAACUGCACAGAUCUUUGAGUCCUGGGCAAACCUGUCCUCACGUGUGACUUGUUUGUGGCACACCUGGAUGCUGUGUGUGACGUGCAUCUGGGUUGGCUCAGCGCUUCCUUGGUGUUGGGGAAAUUGCGCUGCCAGCUCCCUGCCAUGGUUUGCCCAUGUCACAGUAGUGCCUGCAGUACUUGUUGCAGAUGCAAAGGGCUCUGUCAUGCUUGUUUUGCCACUUGUCAUGGUCAGCAGUGGCCGAAAGAUGGUGCCUGUCCCGUGUGUCUUUGUGAGGAUCGCAGUGAACCUGCUGCUCUGCAAGGCUUGUAAAACUCCUGUGGAGCCACGGGGUGGGUGAGCUGUAACGGGGCUUGGAAGGCUUCAGCUCCCGCUUUGGGGGAAAUGGGCUCCUUCCCCCGUUCAGGUAAAGGGAUUUUCCCUGUGCUUUGGUGUGAUGGACUGGCAGGGCUCCUGCAUGCCUUGCUGGGAGCUGCAGAAGUGCUGAUGACCUCUGUGAAGAGCAAGGCUGGGUCAGGUCCGUGGUUCCAGGGGGUAACCGUCACCUCUGACUCUGGUUUGGGAACGCUUUAGUGCUCCUGUUCAUGGCGCAGGAUUUAUAACCUUGAGAUGAAGUGCCUGGGGCUACUCGGAUGGCUGACACAGCUGGCUUUUGCAGCCUGUGUGGGGCUGCCUUGGUGGAAUUGCAGCCAUACAGCAUUUGGGGGUUAAAGCCUCAACGGGGAGAGGCAGGGCUUCCUGUAGAGCCAGCGGUCCCCAAGGGAGGGAGCCCUCGGCCUGAGCUGGUGCUGGCGGUGGCCAAGGGACUUUACCAGAGAGGCCUUAUGGUACGGACUCAGGGGUCAGACCCGCUGUGGGAUGGGUCGGGGUGGGAGGAUGGGGACUGAACCAGCACUUUGUAAGAGUGGCAGAUAAAGGGCUGUCAUGGAGGCUAAAUCCAGGAGGGCUCCAGGGGGAAAUAACCAUGUCCAGGGAGUGAUUCCUGCAGCAUCCUUGCCUAGGAGGAAGGAGCGGUGCCUCUGUGUGCAGUUGUCUGCUGUUCACUUUUAAUCGGGUUGAGAAUAAUGUUAUGUGAUUCAAAAAAGAAGAAAAAAAAAAAGUACACCUUUGGUUAUUUAAAUAAAAGAGACUCCUGGUCUUGUGUGGGAGCUGGGGGAGGAGGGCUGCUGUGGGAAGAAGGGUGCUGACCCUUCAGCUCUUGCAAGGGGUGGGUUUGGUGAUUGAGGGGGGGAAUGGCAGGUCCUUGUCCCUACCCUGUGUCCCACAGGCAGAAGGGCUGUGCCUCUGUGCCCCAGCCUCACACUGAGCCACAGCCUGGCCUCAACUAAGAGGACAAAUGUCUGCGGGGAGCUGUCGCAGGGGAAGAGGAAGGUGGUGCCUGUGUGGAUGGGAGCCCAUGUCAAAGCAGGGCCCUGGAGCAACCACCUUCCCAGCCAGUAACCAUCCCACAGCCUCAGUGUGUGCAGCAGGAGGCUUUAUUUUGGUACAGCCCCUGCAGCACCCUGUUGCCCGUGUGGCAAGUGGUUCCUCCUGUGGCUCUGCUCUAGGCAAGUAGGAAAGCGUCGUACCAGGUUGGUCAUGUCUUCUCUGCUGUACCAGUGUCCUUAGGCUUGAGCAAACACUGCUGGGGGGGAGGCAGGCAUGUGUGCUGCGGGCUGACAGUGCAGCAGCGGUCAGGUCUGGGAGACGCUGGCCGCCCUGACAGCCGGUGAUCCUGCCAGUGUCAACACGUGGGUGUGCCAGGCCUCCCUCCCCAAUCCGGGCAUGCAGAGGACUGUCCCUCCCUCCUUGGCCUCACCCUGUUGGCACUAGAGUGACACAGGUCUGCUCCGUGCUGUUGGUGGGAGUGUCACAGGGAAAGGUUUUCUAUUUAAAGCCAGUAAAAACAGACUCUCUGCACCUUCAGGCCCGUGUAUAAGCUUUGUCCUUGUUACUGCUCUGUAGGGCCUGGGAAUGGUGCAGAGAACUGUCAGCAGGAACAGGUAAUUUCAGAGCAAGCUGCUGCAGUUGCUGUGCUGAGAAGCAGAGAGGCACACGCCCACCUCCAGCGCUGGUGGAGGGAGGUCGGUCCCUGAGAGCAGAACAGAAGCUGCAGGGAUGGGCACCCGCUCCCUGUACCCAGCCAGCGCAGUACCUUUGCAGGGACCAGUUGCACCCAUCCCCUGCUGUGACACUUGCUUU